AUGAGCGCGACGGUGCAGAGGAGCGUCCCCAGAUCUGAGCGACGGCCGUUGUUCUACCGCGACUUGGCUUCGCCGGUCGCCCACCGGGGGAAUUUCGCCACUUCUGGCCAGGCUGCGGCUGUGUCCAGGCUAUGGCAAGAGAAAUUCGGGGGAAAAGAAACCCCUCCGCCGCCGGUCUUCACGUUGGACGAGCGUGCUGAUUUCUCUCCGGAGACCGGGGUGGGGGAUUUUCCUUCUUCCCCGGGAUUCAGGUCGGAGAUGAGAACCCCGUCGCCUCUUGCAGCAUCUCCGUCUCCACUUACGGGCAGAUCCGAGGAGAGUACUUCAGGCGUUGCUUUCACCGGGAGAUCACAGAGCAUAGAGUAUCAGCAGCAGCAGACUUCAGGGAUAUCCACCUGGUGGUCUCCCACGAAGAGCAGCGACGACCGUUACUAUGAGAAAGGGAAGGGAUCACCUGUGGAUGGGGUGGUUCAUUCUGGUCCUUUGAUCACGCUUCCAACUCCAAGGGAGGCAGUGAAGCCAGGGUUGCAGAGGAAUGUAGUGCCCAUUGGCAAUAUCUCCGAGGCUUGGGUCACGGUUUACGGGUAAGAAUAUCCUGGUUCCGUUUUUUUUGCUUCCUGUAUGCUCAUCGUCCACCAUUCAUUUGUCCCUUUAAUUGGAGACGUUGUAGCAAUCUGUAAUGGUGUUCAUCGACAAUGUGUCCUUCAAAAAAACCAUCCCAAGCUCCACAGACCUGGAAUGGCCGAUCAAACUCUAACUAGGUGAAAGAAAGAUUUGUAAACUGUGUCCUCCGCUUUGGUCGGUGAAUUCGUGAUCUGUCAAAGAAUAUAUAAAUUCUUAUGAGUGUCGAAUAAUCCUUUUUUGAUCGAACGAGAUCUGAGGAAUGUUACGUAUAGAGAAUAAUCCCGCCAUUUAGAUAUCAAAGGUUGUACUUCUGUUGAGCGUGUGAUGUAGUGAAGCUUGGAAAAACCCAAUCUUUGCAAUUGUAGGAUCUGAUCUCAGCUCAGCCUGAUUCGGAGGUCCAACGGAAGAGCUGUUGGGGGGGAGAGUAAAACCAAAAUUGGUUGGGCUAAAAAUUACAGAUCAACUAUGAUCAUUUCUUUAGUCAGAUAGCUCCACUUCUCUUCUACUUCCAAAAUCGGAUGAUCUUGUCGAUUCCCGGUUUCAUACUAUGUUCUAUGGAUUUGGGGAUUUCGAUCGGGAUUUACCACGUGUGUGCAUACGUCAUAGAGUUGACAGUAAUUUUCUUCUGUUCCUCUGCGUUGUAAUUUCUUGUAAUCUUCCAUGAAUCGUUCUUCCUUCAACAGAUUUCCUCCAUGCGAUACCAACCUUAUACUGCGUGAAUUUGAGAAGUGUGGCGCUAUCCUGAGACAUGUCCCUGGACCAGGGGAUGCCAACUGGAUGCAUAUUCUCUAUCAGGUUUGCUUUAUUUCCAUUUGUACGCAUAAAUUUCAUUGCCCCUCCCAUUCAGACAUCUUAAUCUCUCUCCUCAAAUGUUCUUAAAUUACCCUUGAAACCCUCUUCCAUAUGCCAAAGCCCAUCCUGAGAUUUAUCCCCACCCACAUUUUCUUCGUAAAAUUUUGAUUGGUUUUUUGUUUAAGGACUCUCUGGCAGUUCCCACUGUGGGAAGCCUCCGUUGAAUCCUUGCUCUUUCUCUUCUUCAUUCUUUGACUUACUUCUCGUGAUCAUCACUAGAGAUUGGAAUUGUUGAUUGUCAAAGCUUGCUGAUCUUUCCUCUUCCCCCCCACUCUCAGAACCAGUAUGAUGCCCAGAAGGCCCUUGCAAAGAACGGACUGCAGAUGAAUAGCCUUCUUAUUGUUGGAGUAAAGCAUGUGCAUCCAACAUCAUGUCAGUUCCUGGAUGAAACAAUCAGCAGCAGUGAUCCGGUGGGCUGCUCCGAGGUUCCCUCGUCCCUGCAGCCUUCAUUAUCAGGGAGGACUCCAUCUUCUCGCCCAUACCAUCUCAAUUCCAAUAGCACGGCCAUCUCUGAGAGCGGCAGACUUGCGGCAGUAGUUGCAACUCCCACAAAGUCCAUUGGCGCCAAGGUCAUAGACUUGAUAUUCGGUGUCUGA